AUGAAGCUCAUGGAAGGGGAUCACAUUGCACCAUUCAACCUCGGUAAUCCUGGAGAAUUCACCAUGCUGGAGCUGGCCAAGGUGGUUCAGGACACCAUCGACCCAGACGCGUGCAUCGAGUUCCGUCCAAACACUGCAGACGAUCCGCACAAGCGCAAGCCUGACAUCAGCCGCGCAAAAGAGCUCCUUGGCUGGGAGCCCAAGGUUCCCCUUCGUGAGGGUCUUCCCCGCAUGGUCACUGACUUCCGCAAACGUAUCUUCGGGGACCAGGGAGAAUCCACUGAGGCAGCUGGUGGCCUUUCUUAG